AAUUGAACGUCCGAAGCUGAAGCUGUCCAGUCCCUUCAAAUUCAUUCUUCAACCACCAUCCAUGGCUUCCACUCUCUGUUUUCCCUCAAUUACUUUCCCCUCUUCUCCCCUCCACAUACGAAUCCCUCUCAGACGAAGAACCCCAUCUCCCUUUCCCUUCAUUAAAUCCUCCAUUGACGAAGGACAAAAUCCCUCCAAGCUUAAGAACUCCACCAAAACUGCAAAAUCCGGUUCCUGGGUCAGCCCUGAUUGGCUCACCUCUCUCACUCGCUACAUUACUCUAGGCCAGGGUGACGACUCCGGCAUCCCCAUUGCAACUGCCAAGCUCGAUGACGUUUCUGAUCUUCUUGGCGGUGCUCUUUUCCUUCCACUUUUCAAGUGGAUGAAUGACUAUGGACCCAUUUACAGGCUCGCUGCUGGCCCUAGAAAUUUCGUCGUCGUUAGUGAUCCCGCCAUUGCUAAGCACGUUCUCAGGAAUUAUGGAACUUACGCUAAAGGCCUUGUUUCUGAGGUUUCCGAGUUCUUGUUUGGGUCGGGUUUCGCCAUUGCAGAAGGCCCUCUCUGGACGGUUCGCCGUAGGGCUGUGGUUCCGUCUCUUCACAAGAAGUACUUAUCAGUUAUUGUUGAUCAAGUAUUUUGUAAAUGUGCCAUGAGAUUGGUGGAGAAGCUGGAAAAGGAUGCAUUAAAUAAUAAUUCGGUUAACAUGGAGGAAAAGUUUUCUCAACUAACUCUUGAUGUUAUUGGUCUAUCUGUAUUCAACUACAGUUUUGAUUCUCUCUCUGCUGACAGCCCUGUGAUUGAUGCAGUUUACACUGCUUUGAAAGAGGCAGAGGCUCGUUCUACUGAUAUUUUACCAUAUUGGAAGAUUAAGGCUCUGUGUAAGAUAAUCCCAAGACAGAUAAAAGCUGAAGAAGCAGUUACGGUGAUCAGGAGAACUGUUGAAGAACUCAUUGCCAAGUGCAAAGAAAUUGUUGAAACUGAGGGUGAGCGCAUUGAUGAGGAGGAAUAUGUGAACGAUGCUGAUCCAAGCAUCCUCCGAUUUCUGCUGGCCAGUAGAGAAGAUGUCUCAAGUGUUCAAUUACGAGACGAUCUAUUGUCCAUGUUGGUUGCUGGACAUGAAACUACUGGUUCUGUUCUGACUUGGACACUGUAUCUUUUAAGUAAGCAUUCCUCAUCAUUGAUCAAGGCACGAAAUGAAGUUGAUAGAGUCUUACAAGGAAGGCCUCCUUCCUACGAAGAUACUAAAGAGCUUAAAUAUUUGACACGUUGUAUCCUUGAGUCAAUGCGACUUUACCCACAUCCACCUGUUUUGAUAAGAAGAGCUCAAGUUGCUGACAUACUCCCUGGAAAUUACAAGGUUAAUGCUGGUCAAGAUAUCAUGAUUUCAGUGUAUAACAUCCAUCGCUCUUCCCAGGUUUGGGAACAAGCAGAAGAGUUCAUUCCAGAAAGAUUUGACUUGGGAGGUCCCGUGCCUAAUGAAAGCAAUACAGAUUUCAGAUUUAUUCCGUUCAGCGGUGGGCCUCGGAAGUGUGUCGGAGAUCAAUUCGCUCUGCUUGAAGCUAUUGUUGCACUUGCCAUAUUUCUACAGCAUAUGAAUUUCGAGCUGGUUCCGAAUCAGAGCAUUGGGAUGACUACGGGAGCAACUAUACAUACAACAAAUGGAUUGUACAUGAAACUCAGCCAAAGGAAGCUGACCCCAGAAUUAGUUUCCCCUGCUUCUUCAAGGUAAUUGUUGAUGAUGCACAUAUAUUAUCGUUAAGGAAGAGAGAGAUUUAGAUUUUUAGCACCGUGUGCUGAUUCUUUUGUCUAUAGACAAUCACAGAUGUAUAUUGGAUCAAGUAUGCAAAUCUUAUACAUCAAGAGUCUGUGUCAUAGGAAUAAGAUGCUUGAGAAUGAGAUUAUUGUAUAACCCAACCAGUCGAUAAGUUUUAUUAUUUGAAUAAACCAACCCAAACAAACUUAUUCCAGUUCGAGUUGGGUUGAUUAUUCAUAGAAAAUUUCAGAACAUCAAUAGCAAACAGGAAAAAGCCUACUCCCAACAAAAAGAAAACUAAUAGGUGGCCUCAAUUUUUGUUGGGUACAUGUGGAGAUGAGAGUAAAGAGAGGCUAGGGAUAAAUAUAGGCAUACGUUGAAAAGAGAAAAGAAGUAAAGAAAGCUAAAACAAAAGGGAAAGUAAGCCCACUCAUUAAUUAAAAUUAACUUUUGAAAUGGGCUCUCCUAACUUGUUAGAUGACCAAGAUUCUUUCUUUGGCCUCCAAAUAAAAAUCUUGGCCAUGAAAACAAAUUUAGAAGGCUUAGAUCACAUAGAAGUUCUCUCCAAAAUUUAAAAAUUAAAAGGAAUAUAAAUCUAGUACAGUGAGAUGCAACUUAGUUUCAAUGGAGAUGAGUUGGUAUGGUAUCAUGGGAUGUGGGGAAAAGGAGAUGCCAAUGCCAAAAGCAUAUCCCUUGGAAGAUGCUGAAAAUUGCAGCCUUUUCAAUCACUUUCUACUUUUCUAUUGAUGUUUUCUUUUACAAAAAGCGGCCACAAACUCCCUUCUUAGGUCAUUUCUACCUUUUUUAUUCCCUUCAUUAACAAACCACAUCCUAUAUAAAACCCAACCCAACAUUGAUCAUCAACCCCUCUUAAAAUUGCACCAACCUCACCGCCUCAGAUGGCGGUGGCGGGAGAUGGAAGCCGGGGAUGGUUGCUGAUGGCUUUCCUUGGUGAUGCCUCUGCUGCAUAAUUUGCCUCAGGUCAGGUGUGAGGUGGGAGAUUGAAAGGGCAACUAACAUCCUUUGGCAUAUUUUGUCCUAAACUUUCCUCUGAAUCUCUCUGUGCACUUUUCUGGUGGAUCUUGGAAUUCAGGAAUCUUUGAAUAGGGCAAGUCAGAUUAUGGUCUCCACCCUCAUUUUCCUCUUUCUUUUUAAAAUUUUUAGAUCGGGAUGAAAUGGAUAACCAUGUCUUUUAGCAGAUGUAUGGAGUUUCUUUAUUGACACUUGAGUUAACAUGUUUGUUUCUCAGACAUCAAUGUAUGUCCAAGAAAUCUAUGUAUGAAAGUUAUAAAGAAUAGAUAUUUCCAAGUAGUAGCUUAUUGAAAAA